AUGUUCAGGAAUAUGAAGAAGCGCCGCAACGUACCCAGGACCUCCUCGGCAGCAGACGACCCAGAGCCGAUCAUCUCACCACUUCUACUAUUACCAGCUGAACUCCGCAACCAAAUCUACAAAUACGUGCUACUAUCCCAACACCGCCCCAUCGAGCUCUUCAAAUCACCUGUCCUCUACAGCUCAUGGAGCCACAGCACCUCCGUCUGGUUCCGCAUGAUAAAACCCAGCCAAGUAUGCCGGCAAAUGCGCAGAGAAUACCGACCCUUGGCCCUCCGCCAACAAGAGCUCACCAUCAGCAUCAAGCCCUGGCUCCGCUACGUCGACUUUGUUUACGGGCCUUCCCGCCCCAUAGAGCACGUGCCCAGACGCAUCGACUUGGUUAUCGAGGAUCCGUUGGUAGAGCGAUUGAGACUGGAUGUACUACCUUUGCUGCGGAUUCGGCAUUGUAUUUACCCCGCUGGAAAAGCGUCGAUAUCGUUUAGGCCGUGUCACAGCUAUCUGAAGCAGCCGACGACGAUGAAAGUGCAACUGGAUUCUAUAUUGGGCUUUGACGACGCACGUUGGGUGACUUGUAUUGUAAGCGGCGAUGUCGCGGAAGUUGUGAUUCAUGCUGGAAGAGGGAGUCUUGACUACGGCGUUGCUAUUGUGAGGGUUGUUGUUGUGUUUAAGAGUGGAAAGGCACCUGGGAGGCUUACGAGCGAGGUUAUUGUUCCCGAGGUGAUGGUUCGCGAUCAGGGGUUUGUGGACAAGUUUGCGGAGAGUGUGGGUUGGACGAAGAGAAAGGGACUGGAUGUUCAUGCUUCGAUAGAGGGGCAUUGUAAGAAUGUUUGGCCACUUCGGCCGACGAAGUAUUUGUCGAGAUGGACAUGA